AUGCAAGGUCUCCGGAAUCAUCUUCGUUACGGAGCAUCGAGUGCUCAGCCGGGCAAUGGGAAACGGCACGUCUCAGAAACCUCUUUUGCGGGAGGGCACAUCCAGGACUUUGACGAGGCGGCGGCAGACGUCCUUAUUGUGGGCUCCGGGGCGGCUGGACUGAUGGCAGCGCUGAGAGCCCACUACCAAGGCCUCAGCCCGCUGAUCAUCGAAAAGUCGGACAAGGCUGGUGGCGCAACGGCAUACUCGGGCGGCGCAGCCUGGAUCCCCAACAACCACCUCCAGACGCAGCACGGCAUUCGAGAUAGCCCGGAAAUGGCUCUCACGUACCUGAACAACCUCAUCGGCGACGUGGGCGAGGGUUCCACCAUUCGGCGUAGACAGGCGUACGUUGACAAUUCACCCAAGAUGGUGCAGUUCCUCGCUGAUCAAGGAUUUCGUUGGAUCAUGUCGGAAGGUUACUCAGAUUACCACCCAAACAUCGAGGGCAGCCUGGACCAGGGUCGAACCAUCGAGAGUAAGGUCUUCAACUUCAGGAAACUGGGCAAGUUCCGUAAACACAUGAAUGUCAACCCGAGAUAUCCGUUACCUCCAGUCUAUGCUUAUGAGGCCGGACAGGUCACUCGUGCCAUCACGUCGAUCAAGGCGUCCGGGGUGCUCCUCAGGCUCGCGGCGCGAUGGGCUGUUAAUCUUCUGCUCCUUCGCGAACCUGUGACCCUGGGCCAUGCGACGGCGGGCCAACUGGUGAUGCUCAAUCUGCAGCAACAGACUCCUAUCUGGCUAUCAACAUCACUGGAAGAGCUCGUUUUGGACAACGAGGGCGCUGUGAUUGGAGCAAUCGUGAAGAAGGACGGCCAGAGUGUCCGCAUUUGCGCGAAGCAUGGCGUUGUUCUCUGUGCUGGAGGGUUUGCGAAGAACCAGGAGAUGCGUGAAUCUUACCAGCAAAAACCUACAGACUCCCGCUGGUCGUCUGCCCCGCCCUACGAUAAUGGCGACGCUAUUCGAGCUGGCAUAAAAGUCGGCGCGGCGACCGCACUGAUGGACGAUGCGUGGUGGGGGCCGACCAUGAUGGAGGGGAAUCAGUGGCCGUACUUUGCUCUUUGGGACCGGGCACGCCCAUUCUCAAUCAUCGUCGACAGCGCAGGCGACCGAUUCAUGGACGAGGCCGAGUCCUACGUCGACGCCGUGCACCACCAGUACGAGCGACACACCAAGGUCAAAGCAAUCCCGGCCUGGAUGAUCGUCGACUCCAACUACCGCAAACGCUACUCGAUCGGGUCUGUACCGCCGAGGACCUCGGGCAGAAAGGCCAUCAGGGACGGAUUUUUGUUCAAGGCCGACACGCUAGACGAACUGGCCUCGAAGAUCGGAGUCAACGCGGAGGGACUUCAACGGACGGUAACAAGAUGGAACGAGAUGAGCAAGAGCGGCGUUGACCUGGACUACGGUCGGGGCUCAAAUUCCUACGAUCACUUCUUCGGUGACCCGACCAACAAGCCUAAUCCGAACAUGGGUGCCAUCUCGACGGGUCCGUUUUACGCCGUGAAGAUUUAUCCCGGAGACUUGGGCACAAAGGGAGGAUUGCUGACUGACGAGCACGCCCGAGUCCUGGACAGCCAGGGAAAGACCAUCCAAGGCUUGUACGCCAGUGGCAACACCACCGCUUCGGUCAUGGGACGCCGUUACGCCGGAGCUGGGGCGACUAUCGGACCGGCCCUGACGUUCUCGUUCAUCGCUGUUGACCACAUCGCCAAUCAAAGAAAGUAG